AGCCGAGAGUAUAUCAUGCUAACGAAUCGGUUACCGCAGACCCCCACCUCCUUUACUAUUUGCGAGAUAAGCUAUGACUCCACCGCGGAGGAAAAGAUGAUCGGCGAGGCCAACAAGGGACAAUCGCCUCUCACCAACGACACCACCUGCGGGGUCGGCUGCUUCAAAGGGAAGCUUCUGCAGAGGUUCGCAAACAAAAAAGCCUAUGUCUUCCUCUACGGCCUCCUCGGCUGCGUACUCUCCGCAGCAUACUCUUACUUCAACGGGACAAUAACGACACUGGAAAAACGGUUUAGGAUACCGACAAAAACGACAGGUGUGAUAACCGUUGGAAAUGAUAUCAGCACCCUAUUUGUAUCCAUGGUGCUUAGUUAUUACGCUGGAAAGGGCCACCGGCCUAGGUGGAUAGCCGUCGGAGUCUACACAAUAGUCCUGUUCUGCAUAAUGAACGCCCUUCCGCAUUUUCUCUACGGGCCGGGCGAGGACGCCCUCGGCCUCACUGAGGAGUACGGACGCCUUGACAAUAAGACUGACUUGGACAGGCAUAACCGACAAACACUCUGCCAAAAAGAAGAAUCUGCCGUCAAGUGCGACACAGGAGACGCAGGAAACAUCGCUCCCCAGCUCAUUCUCUUCAUGGCGCAGCUCAUCUCUGGGAUCGGUGGUUCUCUCUACUUUACACUGGGCGUUUCUUACAUGGACGACAACAUCAAAAGAUCGAAAACCCCUGCUCUAGUCAGUUUUUCCUACUUCAUUAGAAUGUUGGGUCCAGCUUUCGGAUAUGCCCUUGCCUCCCUUUGUCUCAAAUUUUAUAUUUCGCCCUCGCUAACUCCAAAAAUCGACAAUCAAGAUCCCAGAUGGCUCGGAGCUUGGUGGGUAGGCUGGCUCCUUUUGGCCGCAAUAAUGUUCGUUUCGGCAUCACUUCUCGGUCUGUUUCCCAAAACACUGCCCAGAGCUGCAAUAAGGAAGGCACAGGAGCGAGCAUUCAAAGGAAAAGACGCCGACGAAGCUCACGAGCUUCCAGCUUCUUUCCAAGAUAUGAUCAUCACGUUCAAAAGGCUUGUCACAAACCCAACCCUAAUGUGUAACAAUUUCGCCUCGAUCUUCUACUUCAUGGGCUAUAUGCCCUAUUGGAUAUUCAUGCCAAAAUACAUAGAAACAAUGUACAAACAGUCAGCUUCAAGCGCGAGUCUCAUCACUGGAACGGUCGGGCUGGUUUUCUCAGCGUGUGGGAUUUUGAUAAGUGGGCUUGUCAUAACGAAAUUCAGGCCCAAGGCCCGUUCUCUGGCCCUUUGGAACGUCAUCGUCGGCGCCAUAUCCGUCCUAGGUCUGAUCUCCUACGCCUUCCUUGGUUGUUACACUGCAGACCCACAAGGAGUCACCCGAGGGGUCGGCGAUUCGACUUCUAUUCAGCAAUGUUCUGCUGAUUGUUACUGUGAUUACGUCAAGUACACCCCGGUCUGCGCCCACGGGGAAUCGUUCAUCUCCCCCUGUCACGCCGGAUGCAGGAACGUCCAAAUUUUAAACAACGGCUCUAAAUUGUUCACAGACUGCAGCUGUGUGAAGAACAUGACGGACGCAGGUGAUCCACUACCGCAGGUCGCAUCCCCUGGGCCUUGUCCUGUCGACUGCGCUACCAAGUUCUACAUGUUUCUCUCCGUGGUCUGCCUUCUGAAAUUUUCCGGUGCCACCGGGAGAGCCUCUAAUUUUCUAGUCUCAGUCAGGUGUGUCGACGAGGAGGACAAGCCGGUCGCAAUGGGAUUUGGAUUGAUGGUCAUGAGCCUGUUCGCUUUUAUUCCGUCCCCGAUAUUUUUCGGCUACAUAAUAGAUACUACUUGUCUCGUCUGGGGCAAAACAUGUUCUGGGACAGGAAAUUGUUGGCUUUAUAACGGUGAGACUUUGAGGUACAUCCUCAACUUCACUUCGGCAAGUCUGGUGACUAUUGGUACUUUAUUCGACAUGGGAGUAUGGUUUUAUGUCAAGGACCUUAAAAUAUUCGACGAUGAUGAAGAAGAGAUGACGGUCGUCAAAGAUAACGAAAUUAAAAUCUAAAGAUUUAAUGUAAACUUUUUUAUAUAAAAAUUAAUAAUAAAUUAUAUUUUUACUUUA